AGACCGUGUCUUUCCAAUGCUACUUUGCUGAGUGAGAGAGGCAACCCACGGAGAGUCCACCUGCUUAUUACCCAGCGACCCCAUACAACUGUAAUUCUAACUCCCUGUAGGGGCUGUCUCUGUCGAACGCCCAUCGCUGAGGAUACACCAACCACUUCGACAACCUAAUCCCGAGGAAAGGAACUGUCGUUCAGUCUCGUUAACAGGAUGAGGAACAUCGUGGUCUUUGCUGUCUGCUUUGCAACUUUAGGGAAAGUCCUCGCUUUCCCAGAUGGGCCUCACAUUAGUACAUGUCUGACGAUGUAUCCAAAACACUAUGUGGACUUGAAGACCACGGGUUCGCCCUUCAGCAUCAGCCUUUCAAACGACACUUACUCACCUGGACAGAACAUCACAGUACAAAUCGUCACGACGAACUCAUCCCACACAUUCCGAGGAUUCCAAGUCGCGGUUCAUCGGGUACUGGGGUCAAAUAACAGCCAGGAACUAUUGGGUACAUUCAGCACUAAUGACAACACCACACAGCUUGUGACAUGUGUCGGAGAACCUAAGAAAAUGUUUGGCCAUGCCGUUAAUAUUAACCGCACAGUGGCAACGGCCACCUGGACAGCACCAGCCCAGAAUGCCGGCGAUGUUGAAUUUCAAGCAACGGUCGUGGAAUCAUUCAGUGUCAUCUGGUACGGAAUUAAAACAAAGCUUCGUGCAGCACCUGGUAUCAGUGUGACCCAACCGCAAAAUAUCGUGCCACCAUUGACGAUACAACAGAAUCUGCCAGAUUGGGGGGAGUGCGGAAAAAGCAAGGGCUGCUUUCUGCACCCCCUGCCAGGCAAUACGAGGUGCGUAGGGGAUGACUGCCAGGCCGCCGUGUCUUAUAGACAGAAUGGUGACCUCUUCACCUUCGAGAUGUCAGCAGCAGGACAAGACUCCUACCUGGCCAUUGGCUUUUCUGAUGACGAACUUAUGGGAGAUGAUCAGGUCAUUGUGUGCACGGCCAUUCCUGAGCAUCAGUCGAUACAACUGAGCUAUAACCCUGAGAAGUACACUUACAGACAGUACACGAUGGGUAUGUCCAACCUUGCCACCAGACAGGUAAAUGGACGAGUCUACUGCACAUUCACACGCAGAGCAGAGCUUAACUCUACAAAAAAUGAUGGCAGUCCACGACCUUUUGACCUGGGCACCAACUCAUAUUUUAUUUUCUUGGCAUGGGGAAAUGUGGGGACAGGUACUGACGUUAUGACCAAGCACAUCGAUUCGCCAGCAGUUUCUGUUGGAAAGGUGAACCUGAGAACAGUCACAGUCAUUUCCAAGGCACCACCAGCCCUCAGUCCUGCCAGCAGCUGCUGUCUUCUCGUUUCUAGUAUUAUCAUCAUCUUUGUGAUGAGCACCCUUCAAAAGUCAUUUUCUCUUUAAUUAAGUUGGUUAGUUUUGCGAUAUUGUUGAACCAAGAUUUGCUGUAAGGUAAAAUUUUUAAAAAAAAAAAACAGCGACAGAAGUGAAACAAACCAAGUGUUCUAUCUUGUUUUGAGUGGCAUUGUUAUAAUUGAAAAAAAUGGUGUGUAAGUCAUUUAAUUUGCCGAGUUUCAUCAAAAUUUCUUCUCACUAAAAAGCUCUGUAAAUUUAUGAUCUAGGUGAACUGUGUUUCACACGGAGCCAUUUGAUGUUUAAUCUUUUAGCAAAGUAUUUGCAAACUCCACCUUAAAUAAUUGAUGUUACAGAUAAUGCUCAACAAAGUUUAUUAUCAUCAUAUCUGCUUUCUCUCACAUUUUUCAGAAUAACGAAGAUAAAGCAGACAGCGAUGAUUUUCUCCCUUGACUAAUUCUAGAAAGUAAUGCUAGACUUACUUCUCUGCUUCCUUUUGAGAAUCUGUGGAAAAUUGUCCAUUUCAAGCUCACGUUAAACCUGAUGUACUUACAAUUGCAGAGGUGUGAAUCUUGCCAAGGUGAUCACAUUUACUGGCUUAAACCAAGCUUUGUCUUGCAGCAUCAACUCAUGAAAGAUAACACUGAUGAUCUAUGUACUAUUAUGACACAACCCAUGAAUAUUUUUAGCAUCCUCACUCUUAAUAAAAUUCUUGAAAAUAGAAGUUUUGUUUGAGCAUUUCAGUGCAAAAAUGUGUUGUAAUUGUCCUUGCAGAUUAUUAAAAUGGCUCUGUAGCCUUGAACACGUGCAUGCUGAUACUCAACCCUGAUUCUCUUGAUCGAUAUGGACUUAAAUUGGGUAGUACUUUAUAGCAGGCAUGUUAAACAUGGCCUUUUGCAAGCACACCCAUGGGGCCCACACAAAGAACACUAUAGACGUGCGGCCCUCAUGACAACACAAAUGUGAUCCAUA